ACCUUUUAUAAAACAAUUGGCAAUGUAGCGAGGUUGAUUUACAGGUGAUAAUAUUGCAAAAUAAAAGAGAUAAAUAGAAGUGCAGCAGUGGUUAUAUAAUCACCCGUUCAAGUUACAAACCAACAAUGAUAAAUCGAAAGUUGGUCAAAGUAGCUGCAGCAAGCAUUAUAUUGUUGACAUUGUACUUUUUAUGGAGCUGGAUUAAUGCGGAAAGCACAGCACAAGAAACCAGUAAAGAAAUAUUAGAAACAAACAAAAUAGACGAGUUACGCCCCGACACAGUAAGCACAACUGCUGCAGCUUCGAAAAAGUCGCCCCUUAUUUUGUAUUGGGGUAAAGCAUGGGGUAUAAAUGGGCCAGAAGAAGGGAGUUUAAUGGAUGAAUGCAUACUAACGUACAACCGAAGCAAAAUAUCGGACGCCAUAGCAGUUGUGUUUCACUUCACUACGAUUAAUGGAAACCAAAUACCAUGGCAACAUUACAGAGACAAAAGACAAAUCUUUGUCUGGUGGUGUGCGGAAGGACCAAGGUUAUUUGGGAGGAACGGCCUACGAGAGUUCGAUGGUGGUUUCUUUAACUGGACAUGGACGUUCAAGCGAUCAGCUGAUGUAUUACGGUAUUAUGGAUCCAGGGACGGAGCUUUGAAGUUUGUUAAAAAAGGGAAAAAGGCAAUCGAUGACGUAAUAUCCUUUAAAAAGAAAAUGGCUCUUUGGGGUGUAAGCCGUUGCAGUGGAACAAAUGGAGCAAUAAAACGAAUGGAAUAUUACAAAGCACUUGUUGCAGCUGGUUUGAACAUUACCACGUUUGGAGGAUGUUUCCCCGACGUGGAAAACAUUCCAAGGCAAUUUCCGAUGCUCUUUGAACCGAAGUGGAAAGAACAUAAGUUUUACCUCGCUUUUGAAAACGCGAUACAUUGUCGCGAUUAUAUCACGGAAAAGUUUUGGGACAACGCUUUAAAGAACGAUAUGGUUCCAGUGGUUUGGGGUCCGACAAAAGAAGACGUGUUGUCGGUUGCUCCGCUCGAUUCCUUCAUUCACACCGACGACUUCGAUAGCCCAGCAAAGCUCGCUGAGUAUUUGCAAUUCCUCGAUAAAAACGACGAUGAGUACAGAAAAUACUUUCGCUGGAGAGAGGACGAGACAAUGACAGAUGAAAAGAUGAUCAGAAUGACACAGGAACGAUACCCGGACUUAAAUAUUGAACUGACGCCCAAAAGCCUAUGCACCAGACUUCUUGAAAACGAAGAAACCAAAAUCAUUCCAUCUGUUACAGACGAGUUUAUCACUUCUGAGAGACCGGAAUGCCUUUCAUAAUCAUAAAAAAACAUUUCAUAAAAAACAAGCAAUCAUAUUUUCCACACUCGCAUAACACAGUUUAUAAUUUAUAUUAUACAUAAAACUACAUGUUUAAUUAUUUUAUUCGUGAUUAAAUUGUUUUGCGUAGAUAUAUACGAC